CGGGGCAUAAACAAAGCUUGGCUGAUGGAUAUCGAGUCUUCUAUGAUUCCGUUCGUACCUUGCUACCUUGACCGGAUGACGAAUCCAAGGAGACGAAGCCGGCAAGCCUGCCACCCUUGGAUCGGGGUCGACCGAUCUUGUCGUGAAUUAGAACAAACGUCAAAGACCAGUCGAAAUAUUUCAAAGCAGCGGACCGGAUCCAGCUCAGCUGAGGAAAGUAAUCAAGAGCUCCAAGAUCUAGCGAAAGGUCCCGGGAGCACUCGAACAAGGCUGAGAUAUGCCGCCGAAAGUCAAGAAGGAGGUCGAUCAGCCGUCGAUAUCCAGCUUCUUCAAACCAGCUGCAAAUGCCGCUGCUUCUUCUUCCUCUCGUACAACACCGUCGGAUUCGCAGAAUGUAGCUCGUACGCCCAAGAGGAGAAAGCUGGGAAGCCCGUCAAAGGUCGAAACCGCGCCUAUAGAGAUAGACUCUGAAGCAAGUAGUGACGUCGAGAUUCAACAUAUAGCCAGCAGGAACGACGGAGAUCUCCAGGAGGAUAUCAUUACACCAAUAGUCCAAACGGAUCAUCGGACCAAGACGUCACUGCAACAGAAAAACAAAGAUCAGCAUUCGACCACGAGUGCAGGACACUCGGGUCUCUCUAAAUACACCGCUCCGGCCUAUCUUCAACAACCUGAGGACCAGCAUCUCGAUACCAACGGCAAGAACGAUUCGACCACGCCUCGAUUACCUUUCCCGCUGCUGAUAACCGAAGACAAAGAUCCCCUCAGCCAGAUCGAUGAGCAAGAGAAGAAGGAUCGUAAGCGGCGGCAUGAGCGUUGGCAAACCCGGAUAGGCCAGGGGUUGGUAGCACCUAGAAGAAAUAGUUUGCCACUAGAUCAGGCCGAGGAGGAAGAUAUGAAUGGGCAAGAGGCUGAAAUUGAGAUGCUUGGAGAUGAGGAAGAGGAUGUGGAGAUGACUACCGGAAGAGCCGGUUCGAAAAAGACAAAGACGAAAGCGGGGGCUGGGACGAGCAAGUCUAUCAAACCGAGCAAGGGAAAGAAGAAGGACGAGAUAGGCCCAAGUGGGAUGACGUAUACUCCAUUGGAAAAGCAGUUCAUGGAGAUCAAAGCGGCGAACCCGGACGUACUCUUGGCUAUGGAAGUCGGCUAUAAAUUCAAGUUUCAUGGCGAGGAUGCAAAGAUCGCCUCCAGGGAACUCGGGAUCGCUUGUUUCCCGAUGAGGAACUUUUACAGCGCGUCGAUCCCGGUACAUCGCGUGCACAUACAUGUCAAGAAGCUCAUCGCCCGAGGUCAUAAAGUGGGCGUAGUCAGACAGACGGAAACUGCCGCACUGAAGGCCGUAGGCGACAAUCGUAACAAGCCUUUCGAGAGGGCGAUGACGAACCUCUAUACUGCAGCAACCUACGUGGACGAUUCUUCUCUCAAUGACGACGAUUUGUUAACGGAUCCGGCCCGGUCGACAAACGCUUUCGUCUGCAUAACCGAGAGUAACGCGGGCGGGAAUGGUACCGACGAUCAAGUCCGUAUAUCGAUGCUGGGGGUUGUCAUCGGGACUGGCGAUGUCACCUACGACGACUUCAAGGAUACGCAUCUACGGAACGAAUUGGAGACAAGGUUGACACACAUGUCGCCUACGGAAAUACUUUUGCCUGAGAAACCACUCAGUAGAUCGACGGAAAGAGUCAUCUCGAGCUGGAUCGAUCGCUCAGAGAGCACUACCGGUACGGGAACACGAUUGGAGCGGCGUCCAUUCAUGAAAGGUCGAGACAAAGCUCUUAAAGCGAUUUCGCGCUUCUAUCACGAGAGUGUUGCAAAAGACCCGGCGGAUUCUUCUUACGUGGACCUGUUGAGCGACAACGAAGAUGGUCAGGAUGUUGCAAAAGCGGGCGCUGUCGCUUCUCAACCUGAUAUCGAGAAACGCCUAUCACAGCUGGAGAAGCUACCAGACGGUAUCUCGUCGUGUACAGCCGCUUCUAUAGAGCAUUUGCAGCGCUUUGGUCUAGCAGACGCGCUACUCCAUGUGGAAACCUUUUCCGAGUUUACGACUCGGAGCACCAUGCUCCUCUCCGCCAACACGCUCAUCAACCUCGAGAUUUACCGGAAUCAGACCGAUUACGGGUCGAAAGGUAGCCUGUUGUGGCUGAUGGAUCACACUCGGACCAAGAUGGGCAAACGCUUGCUACGGGAUUGGAUAGGUCGUCCCCUCGUCAAUGUGGAUCUGCUUGAAGAGAGGCUCGACGCGGUUACGGAGAUCAAGGACAAUGCUAGCCUCACAUUGGAGAAACUGAAAGGGCUGUUGAAAGGGUCAAUACCGGACCUCGGUCGCGGGAUGAGUCGUAUACAAUAUGGACGGGCUACUCCUGGAGAGGUUGCUACAAUCUUGGUUGCGUUUCAGCGUCUCGCGGAGGAAUUUCAGCCAGACAUGCCAACGGGCAUGCCUCAAAGCACGCUUUUGGCUCGUAUAGCCCAAUCUUUCCCGAAGAUCAAGGAGCCGGUCUCUCGCCUUCUGAGCGAAAUCGACAUACGAAAAGCUCGCACGGACAAGCCCGAAGACAUGUUCAAGAUUGUAGAUACGUAUCCGAAGAUCGCCCAAGCGCGUCAAGCCAUUGAGGAUUCCGAAGCCCUGCUUGAUGGUCAUCUGAAAGACAUACGGCGCGACCUAAAGAUGGGCGCGCUGCAAUAUGUCACGGUAGCUGGAAUAGAGCAUCUGAUCGAAUUACGACUCAAGCAUGCGGUUCCGGAUAACUGGAUCAAGAUUUCGUCGACCAAGCAUGUCGCUCGAUACCAUACCCCCUUCAUUGUGGCAAAAUUGAAAGAGCUCGAACAAGGCAAAGAGACCCUCAUCGCGGCUGGCAAGGAAGCUUUUCUCGAUUGGCAAGCUCGGAUUUCGCAGCAUUACGAUACGUUGCGAGAAGCCACGUUAUCGCUCGCCACAUUCGAUUGCUUGAUGUCAAUGGCAAAAGUAGCGAUAGGAUCGGGAUCGGAAUACUGCCGACCGUCAUUCGUUCGAGAAGGCAGAUUGCUCGACUUGCGCGACGUCCGUCAUCCGAUGUCAGAAGCUCUUAUGGAAGACUAUGUCGCCAACGAUAUCAAGUUCUCGGACGAAACAUCACGACUCGCUAUCCUAACAGGACCAAAUAUGGCCGGCAAAACCAGUUUCACCAGAGCGGUGGCUCUAUGUCUGAUCAUGGCUCAGGUUGGCUCUUAUGUGCCGUGCAGCCGGGCCGAGCUUAGCGUGCAUGACGCUGUCUGGACGAGGAUGGGCGCUUCCGACGACCUGGCUCGAAACCGAUCCACUUUCAUGGUCGAGCUCAAGGAGACCUCGGACAUACUCGCUGGGGCGACCGUGAACUCGUUUGUCGUUCUCGAUGAACUCGGUCGAGGUACGUCAACGAUGGACGGCACUGCUAUAGCCUGGGCGGUACUCGAUCGGCUCGUGCAGCAGGGAUGUAAUGCCAUCUUUACUACCCAUUUCCCUGCGCUUGCCAGGAUUCACGAGCAGUACUCACGCGAGGUGUCUGUGCAUCACAUGGGAUUCACAGAAAUCGAAAGAGCGGAUGGCCAGCCAGAGAUCGUCUUCCUCUACAAGCUACUCCCUUCGCUCUCACAUCGUUCAUUUGGCACCUACGUAGGCCGGUUGGCAGGUCUACCUCAGGGGGUACUCGAACGCGCAGACCGUCAGAGCGAGUGGAUGAGGGAAAAGGUCAAGACGCAGUGGGUGGGCAAGCUGGCGAGACGACUCGAGGGGAAGGUAUUUGGGGGAGAAAGCUCUGACGAGGAUACAGGGGAGAGUCGGGGGCAGAAGGUUAUAGAGGCUCUUCGGGAGAUAAAAGGCAGCGGUGGAUAGCUGUACAAGCACCAAGGCAUGUGAUUGAGAGAGAUCAAUGAUGACGAUCCGGAUUUGACCGAAA